AUGUUUUCGGGAUAUCUGCAGUCUGGACUCUACUCCGGCAUGGACAGCAAGCACGGCCUAGCAGCAUGGCGUUGGCUUAUGAUCUUCGAUGGCAUCAUCGGCAUCCCAGUGUCGCUGUACGGAUUCUUUGCUGUCCCGGAUAGUCCUACCAAUACGAGGGCGCUAUGGCUGAAUGCCAGUGAUCGCGAGAUGGCCCGGACCAGGAUGGAACAGAUCGGUCGUAAACCGCCAGCCAAACUGACGUGGAAAAUUGUGAAAGAAGCACUGUCGAUGUGGCCUAUGUGGCUAUUCCCAAUCGCCUUCUCUUGCCAUGUCCUUGGUAUUCGCGUGUACAACUACUUCAACAUCAACCUGAAGAGCACGGGCCAGUAUUCCGUGCAGGACGUCAACAACAUUCCGACUGCUGGCUAUGCAUACCAGAUUGUAAUGGCGUUGAUCUACGCUUGGGUCGGCGACUACUACCAAACGAGGUGGUGGGUCAUUUGUGUUGCUUGCCUUAUGUCGAUGAUCGGGACAGUCAUAUUGUGCAUUUAUCCAGAGCACAAUACAGCAGCAAUGAUGGCCGGUUGGCUAUUGACGUUCGGCGAGACUGGUGCUGGUACGUUGAUGAUGACAAUGGUCAAUGAGGCGUGCAGCUUUUUCCAGCGAGCACCGCAUCAUCACCAUCGGGUGGACUGA